UCGGAAAAGCCCCACCCCUGGUUCCAGACUGGAAGGGGUACGGGGUACGGGGUUUGCCCCCCAAAAAUAUGGUAGUACUGAAUUAAGAAAGAAAACUUCCCUUCACCCCUCAUGGCCUGGUGUAUCUGGUCACCGUCUCUGUACACCAUCAACCUAAGGAAACCAAUGUCAUGAGCCGUAGCUGGACAACCAUGAACGACCGUUCCAGCUCGAUUGAGGCUUCAGCUCUCUUCGACGGCGACGAUUACAACGGCAACCAGGGGCCCAAUGGUGGCUCUCAUGAUCGUGACUUUGGCAGCUUCUCCGAUGCCGAGAACGAGACCGCAGCAGAAAUCGAAACUGAACCUUUCAUUCAAGGCCCUUCCUCCUCUUCCUCCUCUUCUUCCGUCCCCUGGCACCGGCACCGGCUCCGGCACGGCCCGCAAUGGCGACCCCGAUGGGCCAGCUGGCGGCGACACGACUCGACCUCCGGCCGAUCCGCCUUCCACCUCCCCCAACCACAAUCUCCCCGCGCCGUAAUCUUCACCCUCUCCUUCCUCAAGUUCGUCAUCCUCGGCAGCGGCCUCCUCGUCAUGAUGCCCAUGUUCCGCCUCCUCGAGGACGCCUUUUGCCACCAGCACUACGGCAAGGACCUCGCCGAGCCCAUCCCAGAGAAGGAGUGUAAAGUCGACGAGGUCCAGUCGCGCCUGGCCUACCUCGGCGGCAUCGCCGCCGUCAUCGCCUCCGUCGUCACCCUCGUCAGCACCUUCCCCUACAGCAUCCUCGCCGACAAGGUGGGUCGCAAGCCCGCCCUCCUCCUGUCCUGGGUCGGCGUCAUGCUCGGCUUCGGCUGGGGUCCCGCCAUCCUGUGGUUCUCCGCCCAGCCCAACGUCUACCUCAUGCUCCUCGGCUCCCUGUUUUUUCUCAUUGGCGGCGGCAUCCCCACCACCAUCAACGUCAUGUUUUCCAUGGCCUCCGAUGUGGGCAGCGGGUCCGAGUCCGACCGCGCCUCCAACUUUCUCUACCUCUCGUUUGGUAGCGUCGCCGCCGGUCUCAUCGCGCCCGUCUUGUCUGGUGUCCUCAUGGAGAAGUUCAGCCCGUGGGUCCCCAUUGGCGUCGUCUUUGCAUUGGGACCCUUUAUCUUCGCCGCCAUGCUUUCCCUCCCCGAGACUCUGCGCAUUUGGGCCGGGAGCGAGGUUGAAACUGAGGCUGCGACUGCGACCCACGAUGACUACGACAACUACAGCCCUCGCGACGGCCAACCUAACCAGCAACGCUCCCUCCCGACCAUCAUACGCCACCACCUCCGUUCCGGCCUCGCCGACCUAGCAGUAGGCUUCAAAGUCCUCCGCGACCGCAACAUCCUCCUCUGCCUCAUGUGCUUCCUCGCCACCCAGCCCCUCUGGGUCGCCAGCUCCUCCACCCUCCCGCAAUACGUCUCGAAAUACUUCGGCUGGACCCUCGCCCAGACAACCUACCUCCUCUCCCCGCUCGGCAUCCUCCACCUCGUCCUCCUCGCCGUCCUGCUCCCCCGGCUCUCCGCCCGCCUCGUCGACAAGGACCGCCGUCGUCCCCUCUCCACGUUCGCCAAGGACCUGCUCCUCACGCGCGUCUCCUACGCCUUCCUCGCCGUCGGCGCCCUGGUGCAGGCCUUGAGCGGGUCGGUGGGCGUUUUCCUGUGCGGCAUGGUCAUUGGGACGUUUGGGUCCGCGGCGGGGACGCUGGCUAGGGCCGUGGUGACCGAGUUUGUCGACCCGUCUGUCACGUCGAGGUUGUAUGCCAUGCUGAGCAUCGUGGAUAUGGCGGGCGGCGCGCUCAUUGGGGGUCCCGCGCUGGCGUGGUUCUUCACUAGGGGGAUGGAGCGUGGUGGGUUGAUGAAGGGGCUGCCUUGGUUUUACCUCUCCUUUUUGUGUGCUGCUGCGUUGGGUACCAUGAUGCUUGUGCGGGAGCCGAGGAAACCCAAGCCGCAGGUGGAUGUGGGAGGAGAGGGGGGUAUUGACGGGUUGGGAUAUCAGUCGGCAGGGGAGGAGAACUAGAAGGGAAGCGGUAAUAAGCUCCCCUCCCUACUUCCUACGUCAAAAGAACCGUCACCAGACCAUAACCGCCAGAAAGAUCUACCCCUUCCACCAAUUCACUCCAAAGACGAAGACAACCCCUCCCAUU